UCACAUUGUAAUCAAUUUUGAUAAUGAUAUCAUGCCUUUGCAUGGGUUAGUCCUAGCUAACUUAGAAGUCUUUUUGACAACUUUUCUGCAACCUAAUUUUAAUCUGCCAUAUUGCUUUUGAACUCUCUCCCACAAGUGUACACGAGAUUAAAAGUCUUAAUCUAGUAACCACUAGACCUUGAGGAUUUAGAGGAUUUGAUUUCCUCUAACCCAAAACGCUCCAAACCAUCUUCUUCUCCACUCGGUCCCAGACCCCCUUAUUACAAACCCGAAACCCGAACUCUAUGGUUUCACCACUCAUCUAACUUUUAUUUUAUUUAUUUUAUUAUUAUUAUUUCCAGUUUCACCAUGAGAAUGUUCUUUUAACCAAAUUAUCCGUGAUCAUGGGGUUCACUUAUCCCACUAAUGGAAACCCUAAUCGACGGACCAUCGACCAUGGAGGAGUUGGAGGAAGAGCUUCAUCUGACGAGUUUGGGCGUGCGGUUUCUCGAAUAGCCGUGGCACAGAUUUGCGAAUCUGCAGGGUUUAAUGGCGUCAAGAAUUCCGCCAUCGAAGCACUUUCCGAUGUCACAAUUAGGUACCUUAUUGACUUGGGGAAAAUUGCUGAAUUUUAUGCUAACCUUGCUGGUAGAUCGCAAUGUAGUGUCUUUGAUUUGAUUCUAGGGUUAGAGGAUUUAGAACAGGUCAAGGGUUUCAUAGGUUCUGGUCAAAGUCAAUGCCUUUUAGGUUCAGGAACUGUUAGGGAUCUUAUGAGGUUUGUGAAUUGCGGUGAUGAGGUUCCUUUUGCUCAGCCAAUACCGAAUUUUCCAGUGAUUCGGCAGCGGAAAGUUAUCCCUAGUUUCUUGCAAAUGGGGGAGGCACCACCUUCUAAGCAUAUACCGCCUUGGUUGCCGGCAUUGCCGGACCCUCACACUUAUAUUCACACGCCUAUGCGGGAUGAGAGGACUUGUGAUCCCCGGGAAGACAAGGUUGAACAGGCCAGGCAACGUAGAAAGGCUGAGAGGUCGUUGUUAAGCUUGCAGAAGAGGUUGUUGUUGUGUAGUGGUUCAGUAGAAACACGCAAUACGACUUCUAAUGUGGUUGUGCCGAGUGGGGGUGGUGCUUCACUUAGACAAGGAGAAGGUGAAGGGGGUGAUAAGAACCCUUACCUUAAGGCUCCUGUGGAUAAUAAAGAUGUUUCUCCAGUUCCCUUGCCGGGGAAGCUUUCUGAUGAUGUUGAUAUGAUUGCGAAUCAUGUUUCUGUGUUGGAGGCAUUUGCUCCUGCAAUUGAGAUGAUGAGGAGUAGUGGUGUUUUGUGUGAAGAUGACGGGAUGCAAGGGAGAACAGUUCUUCCAGCUGUAAGACCUACUGUUUAUUUCAAGUUCAGGGCUGGAAAAAAGCUUAUCCACGAGUCCUUGGAUAUGAGGAAUCAGAAGAAGGAUGCUUCACGAACAGCGGCCUUGGCUGGUAGAGAAGAUGAGAGGGAUGAUAAGAAGAGGAGAGCUGAGCUUAUUCUCAAACAAUCUAUGGAAAACCCACAAGAACUCACUCUGUUCUAGAUUAGUUUAUUGACUGGAUUUGUUGGAUUAUGUAAGAAUUGAGUUUGUAAAAAUGAAGACCUUCAAGGGUUAACCCUUUUUGUCUUAAUUAAAACCUUUUUUUCUGUAGCUGUGACUUGUGUUCGAAUUUUUAUUGUUAUUCUUUUAUCUUUA